AUGCCAGGUGGAGUCAGUGGCAACGAGACUUGCCACUCACCCCGCCAGCACCUGCGCAUGGAAGGGGAAGUCAAGAAGGUCCAUGAGUUUUGCCAACGGCAGUCCGGCAAAUGUGUGGGCAAGACAUAUCAGCUCUUCACGCAAGAGAGACCGAAGAUCCUACCCAGCCGGCCGGAUCCAGCAGGGAAAGACGCGCUCGAGCUGUUAGAGCUGGAUUUAGCAGGCGUGGCGGUGGCAGACUGGGAUCAUGAUGGCCUUCUCGACGUCGUGACUUCCCACGGAAGUGGGCGCUUGGGCCUGUUCCUUCGGGACUCAGACGGGAAGCUACAAGCGUCCACCGACAACCCAUUCCGUUCUGUCGGGGUUUUCGGGGAGUCCGCGAAGCCCACGGUUUUUGAUUGGGACGGUGAUGGAAGGCUGGAUAUCUUGGUGGGCAACGCAGAUGGCGACCUGAAGUUCCUGAAAGGCUCGGGCGAUGGCGAUGUGGCCAUGACCUGGAACUGGUACCCCUUCAGCACACUGAAGCCCCUUGACCACACUGCACCGGCCCUGGCAGACUUGACAGAUGAUGGCCAUCCAGACUUGGUGCUUGGCCACGGAUGUCAGCUGGAUGUGUACCUUGGCCAGGGCAACCACUCCCUUGUGUUGGCGGCUUCUUACGAAGAUUUCCUGCCUGACGCUCGUGGCUCUUGCGCCGUGGUUCCGACGGUCUGGGACUGGGACGGUGACGGGAUCAAAGAGGUGAUCGUUGGGGACCAUGCAGGCAAGUUCCACCUCUGCCGCCUCAUGAACAGAACGAAGCUUGCAUGCGAAGUCUUUGACGGAUACGGAGCCGGCAAGAUGGCCUCACCGUCCGCGUGCGACUGGGAUUCCGACGGAGUUCCCGACCUCAUAGUUCAGAGCAGCGGUUUCCAGGACCUCACCUGGUUUCGCAGGUCCAGCUCGAAUGGCUCGAACGAGCUGCUGGAAUCCAUGGAAGUUCCGGAUGCACCUGCGCUGUAUGCCUUUGACGUCGGUGAAUCCGCAGUGCCAGUGUUGGUAGACUGGGACCUGGACGGGGAUCUGGAUCUCAUCGUCGGAAGCGCUGAUGGAAGGUUGUGGUAUUUUCCACAAGAGGGGGGCAAGUUCGUGUCUUUCAAUCAGCCUGACGGGCCCUUUGCCACCGUGGAUGUCGGGACAUACAUUGCGCCUGCAGCUGUGGACUGGGACUCCGAUGGAUUUCCGGAUUUGGUAUUGGGCACCGGCGAAGGCAAGCUCUUCCUCCUGCGUGGGGGCGCUUCCAAGCCAGAGCUGCUCGAGGGGGAGCAGAAUCCCUUUACUUCUGUGGAUCUGAAGAUGCGAGUCCACCCGACUGUGGUGGACUGGGACCACGAUGGUGAUCUGGAUCUUCUCUUGCUUGUUGGUGGCCGGAUCCAAUACUUCAAGAACGAGAGCGGCAGUCUCAAACAGGUUCCAGAAGAGCUGGGUGGGUUCAACCAGGUUGGCGAUGUCCUUCGUCGGCAGGGGCUCUCGAUGGAAGACUCCCUGUGUUUGCAGGCAGUGGACGUGGAUUCCGACGGAGAUUGGGAUCUCGUGGUUGGUGGGCUGCUCUUGGAGCAGCUGUCCGAUGGCUCCCUCAAGUAUGUUACGGGAAGCGCAAGUCCAUUUCCCAGCCAGCCCUUGGAGGGGCGGGUCGGGCCUCCAUGCUUGGCAGUCGGCGACUUGGACAUGGACGGCGUCCCGGACCUUGCCAUGGGCUUCCGAGAUGGGAAGUUGGGCCUGGGAUUUCGAAGAGCCGGUGGAGAUAUCCUUGGUGCAGCUCAGGAGGGCCCUUCCAACCCUGUGGGUGACCUUGGGCUGGGCGUGGGCCCGAAGAUUCCGUCUGUGGUCGACUUGAACAGGGACGGGAAGCCCGACCUCCUCGUCUCCCUGCCAGACAGGAUGCGGCUCUUCCUGCAGCAGCCUGACCGGUCGCUGAAAGAGGUAUCCACAGCAGAAUAUCUCUCACUUGAACAUGGGGCCUCUUCCACAUUGGCGAUGGCUACCGCUGAUUGGACUGGGGAUGGCGAUGACGACAUCUUGCUGCUCCAAGAGCAUGGCUUGCUCCUUUUGGAGCGCAAUGGCACUGUCUUUCUGCCACCAUCCAAGCUGCUGACCUGGUCCCCUGGUGAUGCUGGGCCUGUGGGAGUUGCUGCAGCAGACUGGGACGCUGACGGCAGACUCGACGUCCUCAUUGGCCUUGCCACCGGCAAGCUGCUGUACUGGCAUCAAGAUGCUUCCGGGCAGCUGCAGCUUGUACCCGAGGACCAAAGCCCCUUUGCUGAGAUUCGUGGCGAAGGCUCGGCUCAGCCUGCUGUGGUAGAUGCUGACGGAGAUGGAAAGUUUGAUUUGCUCCUGGGGAUGGCUUCCGGCCGGUUGCAGCUCUACUUGCAAGACGAAGCAGGUCAGCUGCAGCCAAGGCAUACUCUCGGUGGUUUCAGUGGGAACGUGGUGCCGGUCCCGGUGGAUUGGGACGGAGACGGUACAAUGGAAAUUAUUCUGGGAACUGCUUCGGACACGCUGGUGUUUCUCGAGAAGGGCCGAUGUGCUCUCACCGAUGCCUGCUUCAAGUCGGGCAUUUGCAACUCGAGAAGCCAAGUGUGCGAGUGCCUUCAAGGCCAUGCUGGCCUGGACUGCUCCAAGUGUGCAGUGGGAUAUAGCUCCACACUGCGGAACUCAGAGCAGGGCCACGACUGCUUUCCAUGCCCAGGCGUACAUGAACUCACGGGCGCUUGCCACAACCGGGGGGUCUGUGUUGACGACAGCUACGUGCAAAUGGCCACUGAGAAUCCGGAGAUUUCUGAUCCCCGGCUCCUACGUGGAAACGGCAGCUGCCUCUGCAACCCCAACUUCUUGGGCCAGGACUGUGGGCUAGGCGAGUGUCCCGCUGGCCACGAGCCCGUGGUGGCAUUGGGCUCCAGGUCCAUCAGCUGCCGAAUCUGCCAGCAGGGAUUUGGCAAGGAGCACUCGGGCAACCAGGCGUGUGGUGCUUGCCACCCGGGAACCGCCGCGCGCUCUGGCUCUUGCCAGCCAUGCGGUCCAGGCCGGUAUCAACCCAGAUUUGGCCAAAGCGAGUGCAUACUUUGCUCCUCGGGAUCUCAAACUGAUCAUGGGCGAACUGCCUGCAGUCUGUGUCCUGCGGGAACCAUCGGCUUGUCUGGGGAGUGCCAGAUUUGCCCCAGUUUUACGACGGCGGGUAGCAGCCGGACUCAAUGUGUCAUUGACUGGGCAUUGGUGAUGGCUGCUGUGGUCUUCACAUUGCUGACAUUGGUGUUCUUCCAGCUUCUCGUUCACAUCGCAGGAGUCCGGAGGAAUAUUGCCGACAUCGCGUGGUCUGCAGUGGACGAAGCCGUUGUAAUCACGAUGCAGAGUCGCCACCACUUCGGUCCGAGGUUGCUCAAAGUCCGCCUGCAUGACACAGGUGUGGCUUGGCUCGACCGGCUCGACCCGUCCAAGACUCACUUCUUCGUGCGUACCUUGUCCCCUACGCAGCUCCAGCUCUACACCGACCCCAAAAUCCCUGCGUCCACGCCCACGGAGGCCUCUAGCGGCACGUUGAAGCCCUUGUUCAUGUCCGAAGCUUUUGGGACUCGAUUCCUUCGUCUCCCAGUCUUGGCGUGGUUGGCGAUGGCGGUGCUGGGAAUUGUUCUUCUCAGCAGUCUUGCGCCCAUCCCUUCCAUCCCUUGGUGGUACCUGCUGCUCACCGCCGUUCUGGACGUGGCCUCGAUCCUCGCCUUGCAGGUCCGGAGCGUGCGCCUCGACUCACUCACACCGCUGCAGACCCUCCUCCGCCAGUACUUGCAGCACCUGCACGGGACGAACCCAUGCCCUUCUGCUUGCGAGCCUGGAGCCUUGCGCGCCGUCAGCGCCACACAGAUCCUGCACUUCCACGAGUUUUUUAGAUCGCUCAUCCAGCAAAGGAACAUGCACUACGUUUGCCCCAGCAUUCUCAAGCCCGUGACGAAAAAGUGGCAGCUCUCCUUCGCUGAAGUUGCGGGCUCCGGUAUGGUCGACUGGUUCAUAUCGCACUUCUGGACACUCCCCUUCAAGGACUUUGCCCAGAGCCUGCGGGCGCACGCGAUGUACGUAGACGGAAACUGGGGAGCGAUUCGGUAUUGGAUAUGCGCUUUCAGUCACAAUCAGUGGCAAUUAGACAAAGAGCUCCCUUGCGGGGCGCUUCGGGAAUCCUCCUUCUACAAGGCGCUCAUGGCACCCAGUUGCCAGGGGACCGGAAUGAUGAUGGACAGAGAGCUCACUCCGUUGAAGAGGUCCUGGUGCCUCUUCGAGAUGCUGCAGACCUUUAAGCUGCACGAGCGUGGGCUGAGCCAACACCGCCUCGCACCCUUCAUGGGCCUAUUCCUGCUCAGUCCGGGGGGAGUGCUGAACGUCGGGCGCGGCAGCGUGGACCUAGCGGUCAGAAUCGGACGGCAGCUGGACAAUUUGCACUUGGAGGAUGCUUCGGCUACGGCGGCAGAAGACAAGCAGCGCAUCGAUGAUGAUAUCCGAUCCACACCAGGUGGGUUUGCAGCUGUCAACUGCAAGCUACGUGCAGAAAUCCGCCUGGUUUUGGAGCAGAUGUCAGCCCGAUUUGCGGACGACUUGAACGAGCUCAACGCGCAGCUCUAUGAAGGGGAUUCGCAGGAGGUGGAGAUCCACGUUGCGCCCGAUGCGCCUUCCCGGGGUGACAACACUUAUUGCUCCUGGACGGGGUAA